AUGUCGAAAUUAAUUCUAUCGUAUUUAUUCAAAACAAGUGUAGCAGAGUUUCGAGCGGCUAUAUUAGAUGAUGAUACAGAUAAAAUUUGUCGUAUUUUGGAUAUUGAACGUGAUUGCCUGAAUAAGCAAAUAGAUAGUGAUGGGAAUACACCUCUUUUAUUAGCCGUUGAAUAUGGAACACCAUUAACUGUUCGUUUAUUACUUGAACAAGGUGCUCUGCCUGAUCAAACAAAUGGGAUUAAUUUUCAAACACCACUUGUUUUGAUAGCUUCUAAAGUAUACGAAGAUUAUAGUUCAUAUAAAGCUCAACGUUCGUUAGACAUGGCUAAAAUUCUAUUAGAUCAUGGAGCUUAUGUAGAUAAGCCUGCACCGUAUACUUAUAAAGAUGAAAAUAAUAUAGAUUACGAUGGAAAAGAAACAGCAUUGAUGACAGCUGUAAGAAAAAAGAACUUACCAUUAGCAUCAUUAUUAAUUGAAAGAAAAGCGAAUGUGAAUUACGUCGAAAGACACUCAAAAAUGCGACCUAUUCAUUGUGCAAUAACAAAUGGAGACGAAGCUAUGUUUGAUUUAUUAGAAAAUGCUGGCGCCCUAUGUUGUUCACUAAUGUCUAAUGGUGAAAAUUCUCUUUUACAUUGGUUUUGUUAUAUAAACGAAAAUGAUGAACAUAUACCUUUAUUGAAUAAAUUAAUUGAUAAAGGAUGUGAUAUAAAUGCACAAAAUGAUGAUGGUGAAACGCCAUUGAUGUUAGCAGCAAGAUGUGAUAUGACUAAUACGUGUCGUAUACUUUUGGAAAAUGGAGCUAUUGUGAAUAAAUGCGACAACCAUGGUAAUCAAGCUAUCGAUCUAUCGGUACCAGGCAGUGACUGUUCAAGAUUAUUUCUACAAGCAACAAAUAAUAAUAAUAAUAAUAAUAAUAAUAAUAACAAAACUGAAUUAAAUAUACAGAAGUAUCCAAGUGAUAGAUCCAGUAAAACAGCUGUUUGGAGACGACGAAUUCAUAGGGAACGACGAUUUACUGUCGAAGUAGAUGUUAAGAACGAUGAAACUCAGUUACAAUCUGCUCUACCUGCAUCUGUCAAUGAAGAAAAAAACACAAAUGCAGCUUCCAAUCGAUAUUUUUUUCCUUUGCGACGAAGAAACAGUGAGGAGAUAAAUACAAAAUAUGAACGUGUAAGGGAAAAAUUAUUAAACACAAGCCAAAGGCGACAUGGAUCAAAAACGUUAUCAAAACAACGAACAAAUUCCACCAGUUUAGAAGAUAAAUCUUGA